AUGAGCUGCUGUGGCUGUUCCGGAGGCUGUGGGGGCUGCGGCUCCAGCUGUGGGGGCUGCGGCUCCAGCUGUGGGGGCUGCGGCUCCAGCUGUGGGGGCUGCGGCUCCAGCUGUGGGGGCUGUGGCUCCAGCUGCUGUGUGCCCGUGUGCUGCUGCAAGCCCGUGUGCUGCUGUGUGCCAGCCUGCUCCUGCUCCAGCUGUGGCUCCUGUGGGGGCAGCAAGGGAGGCUGUGGCUCCUGUGGGGGCAGCAAGGGAGGCUGUGGCUCCUGUGGGGGAUCUAAAGGCGGCUGUGGACAGUCCUGCUGCAAACCUUGCUGUUGUCAGUCCAGCUGCUGUCAGUCCAGCUGCUGCAAGCCCAGUUGCUGUCAGUCCAGCUGCUGUAAGCCUUGCUGCUGUGAAUCCAGCUGUUGCAAGCCCUGCUGCUGCCACUGUUGCAAGCCCUGCUGCUGCCAGUCCAGCUGUUGCAAGCCCUGCUGCUGCCAGUCCAGCUGCUGCAAGCCCAGUUGCUCUCAGUCCAGCUGUUGUGUCCCUGUUUGCUGCCAGUGCAAAAUCUAA